AUGUCACUUGUUUUAUCACGCGUAGAUUAUGUAACUGUUGGUGUAACUUCUCGUAGAUCAACAAAAAUAUUACCUGCUACAGAUUCAAAGUCCACUCAAAAAUUCGUUGUCGGUGAUCAUGAUGGGAUAUUAUAUAUUUAUGGAAUAAAGAAAGGGGAAUUGCAAUUGAUAUUCAAGUCGUUGCCGGGACCAAAAAUAGAAAAAACUGUCUUAGGCGGUACAAUUGAUACACCAAAAGAUAAAAUAUUUGUUGCUUAUGGGAAUUCUGUAAAAGGAUUUACGAAGAAAGGAAAAAUGUUCUUAGAAUUCGAUACAAGUCUUGUGGAUUCAAUAAGUACAAUGUAUGUUUUGGGAUCCGACUUAGCUGCGUGUUCGCGAGAUCUUUAUCAUCGAUAUCAAAAUUGUAAAGACGCUGAUUCUUAUUUAGUAGGAGAAAUCAUUAUUGAUGUCAUAUUAGUUACAAUUGAUAAUUCUUCUGUAUUAGCUAUUCUUGCAUGUUCUGAUCGUGCAAUCCGAGUAUUGUCUGGAACAAGAAAACCGACAGUUUUAAGACUUCCAAGUGUUCCAACAGUUCUUGCGUUAUGUAGAGAAGGCGAAAGAGAAUCACACGAUCGAAUAUUAGUUGGAACACAAGAUGGAAAGAUAGGACUUUUGAAAAUUUUAAGCGAUACAACAUGUCGUGUUACAUGGAUUAUUAAUUCAUAUGGUUCAGAAAUUACUUCUUUACAUACUUAUGAGCUUGAUGAUAAUGUCGAUAUUUUAGUUGGCAGACAAGAUGGUACUAUUGAAGUUUUUAAUUUUCCGUAUGAUGACGAUGAAAUAAAUCCAUCUUUAAGGUAUCAAUACAUGGCAGGAGAAAGUAUUACUUCAAUCGAGGGAGGUAUCAUUGGUACGGUAGGACACACGGAAAUUUUAGUAACAACAUAUUCUGGUCGAAUUUUUGGAUUAACAACAAGAUCACCAGGAUCCCUUGCUGCUGAUUCUAAAGAAGAUACUAUUAAUCGUUUAAAAACUGAAAUUCAAGAUCUCGAAGCUAAGUUGAUCGAAGAUAAAGAAUUGGAAAAUUAUGCACUCGAUAAUUUAACUCCGUUAAUUUUAUCUGUAAAUUAUAGAAUGAUACAGGAUCGAGAAACUGCAUCGUAUUUAUUGUCAAUAGAGCUUGAUACGCCGAUUGACAAUAUUUUAAUCCAAUCAGAUACACCAGUUGAAUUGUUAAAUGAAAGUAAUAACGCUGUUCUUAGUUUCUCUACAUGCAAUCCUUAUGAAGGAAAUUUUGUACUUGCUACUUAUCGAUGUCAAGUUAACACCAGUCAGUUAGAAACUAGAAUUAGGUCGAUUGAAGGUCAACCUGGAACACUUCAAGUUUAUGUCACAACUCAGAUCCAACCAAAAUGUUGUAGAAAAAUUAAAAUUCCAAUACAUGCAUUAUCUCUACAUGCUAGAUUGCACGAAGAAGAACAGAGUGAACUCUCAGGCGAUCUUUGUAAUGAGUUAAGGCUUGUAGGAAAUUUUACAGUUUCUGAGAUCCAAGCAUGGCUUUCAUUUGCACUUCCAGAUCUUCCAGAGAGACCAGUGUUGCAGGAUCAUGAAGUAGUACUAAAAUAUGUAUCAUCAUUAACUGGAUCUAUUCUAAUAUGCAAAUAUAAAAAAGGGGUUGCAACUUUUCUGGCUGAAAAUAUAUCAACUAUAUUAAUUCUUCGUGAUUUAUUGACUAAAGAGGCAACAAAACGAAAAAUAAAACUUGACGUUUUUUUUAAUAUUGAAGAUGGUACAAUAGUAAGAAUGUUGGAUUUAAUCGUACCAAAAUUUAAUUCAACUUAUCAAUUGAUUGAAAAAUUAAAGAUAAUUGAUGCUCUACAAGAAUGGGAUUUAAAAAUUGAUUCUAGGGAAAAUCUAAGUACAUAUUAUCAAGAGUUAUUGAAAGAAGAAGAUAGUAUGAGAGCAAAAUUAUCAAAAAACCCUACAAUCUUACAAAUUAUACAAGCAGUUAUUACUGAUAUAUAUGUUGAUUGGAAUCGUGCCAAAGGUUUCCAAAGAAUAACAAGCAAAGCAGCCAGUGAAAAACUUAAAGAUGCACUCGAGUCAAGGGAUUUACAAAUGAUACUUCAAAUGUUUAUUGAAAAAAAUAAUUGA